CACACUGAGAAUGCACCAGUGCAAUCAUAGGUGCACAGACACACACCCACAUAAAUAUACAUUUGUGGACACAUGCGUUGAUAGACCCCCACGCAGUCAUCCACAUACAGACUCACACACUAACUCACACACGCAGACACGUUGUUUAACACACAGAGCCACGCUGUCACACCAGAGACACACAAAAGCACAUCUAUGCACAAGCCACAGGCAUACACGCAUCACCCACCCCACACAGUCACACACAUUCUAACAAACCCCAAGGGUCAGCCUCCAGGACUCUACUGGGGGUGUUGCCCACCCCCUCCCUACCUCCCAGGGGCAGGUGAUAUCCCCAAGGGAACAGAGGUCUCUGGUCCCAUCUUCAGCUCUGCCAGAUCUCACGUGACUUUGACCAGCCCCCUCGCUGCUGCCGGGAGUUCUGAGCUCUGUGCUGGGGUCGGGCCAGCACCAGGCACAGACACUUCGGCCCUUGUUGGGAGAACAGAGAAGACUCUCUUGUCCACUGCCCGUCCUCCAGCCCCAGCUGCUAGCUCUCUCAGUGGCCUCUCCUCAGGGUUUGCAGAGCCCUGAUCACUGUUACAAGAUGGACAGCAGCCCAGCCGGGACCCCCAGUCCACAGCCUUCAAGGACCAAUGGAAACAUCAAUCUGGGGCCUUCAGCCAACCCAAAUGCCCGGCCCACCGACUUCGACUUCCUCAAAGUCAUUGGCAAAGGGAACUACGGGAAGGUCCUGCUGGCCAAGCGCAAGUCUGACGGGACAUUCUAUGCAGUGAAGGUGCUGCAGAAAAAGUCCAUCUUGAAGAAGAAAGAGCAGAGCCACAUCAUGGUGGAGCGCAGUGUGCUUUUGAAGAACGUGCAGCACCCCUUCCUCGUGGGCCUGCGCUACUCCUUCCAGACACCCGAGAAACUCUACUUUGUGCUUGACUAUGUCAACGGGGGAGAGCUCUUCUUCCACUUGCAGCGGGAGCGCCGGUUCCUGGAGCCACGAGCCCGGUUCUACACCGCCGAGGUGGCCAGUGCCAUUGGCUACCUGCACUCCCUCAACAUCAUUUACAGGGACCUGAAACCAGAGAACAUUCUCUUGGACUGCCAGGGUCAUGUGGUGCUGACGGAUUUUGGCCUCUGCAAGGAAGGCGUAGAGCCCGAGGAGACCACGUCCACAUUCUGUGGCACCCCCGAGUACUUGGCUCCUGAAGUGCUUCGGAAAGAGCCUUAUGAUCGGGCAGUGGACUGGUGGUGCUUGGGGGCAGUCCUUUACGAGAUGCUGCACGGCCUGCUGCCCUUCUAUAGCGAAGAUGUGUCCCAGAUGUAUGAGAACAUUCUGCACCAGCCACUACAGAUCCCUGGGGGCCGGACGGUGGCCGCCUGCGACCUUCUGCAAGGCCUCCUCCACAAGGACCAGAGGCAGCGGCUGGGCUCCAAAGCAGACUUUCUUGAUAUAAAGAACCAUGUAUUCUUCAGCCCCAUCAACUGGGAUGACUUGUAUCACAAGAGGCUGACUCCACCCUUCAAUCCAAAUGUGGCAGGACCUGCCGACCUGAAACACUUUGACCCAGAGUUCACCCAGGAAGCCGUGUCGAAGUCCAUUGGCUGCACUCCAGACACCAUGGCCAGCAGCUCUGGGGCCUCGAGUGCAUUCCUGGGAUUUUCCUAUGCUCCGGAGGAUGAUGAUGUCUUGGAUUGCUAGGAGAGAAGGCAACCUGUGAAAUCCCUGAAGUGAGCUGGUAUCAGUAAGGAAUUACCUUCAGCUGCUAGUAACAGAAACUCAAAAUAGCAAUGGCUUAGACAAGAAACAGGUUUAUUUUUUUCCAUCACAUAAAAGAAGUCUGGUGUUAGGUGGUCCAGCACUGGCAUGACAACUCCAUGGUCAUCAGACACUCGGAGGCUUUCUAUAUUUCUGCUCUGCCACCUUUGGCAAAUGGCUUCCAAAACUAGGAUUGCUGCAUUAUCGUGCAACGGCUGCUGGAGUAUUAGCCAUCUCUUUUGUGUUCUGGGUAGGGAAAAGGAAGGAAAAGGGGGAAGAACAAAAGGGCACCUUUAAAGAAUUCUUCUGUAAGCUCCAGCCAGUACUUUUGCUUACAUCUAAUUAGCCUCCCAACCUAUCUGUAAUGGUGUCUGGGAUAUGUGCUUUUUUAGUUGGGCACAUUGCCGCUCCUAAUACAACAGAGGUUCUGACACUAAGGAAGAAGGGGAGAAUGUUGGGUGGCAACCAGAACUCUUUGCCAGAGGGUAUUUUGGUUUGAAUUUUGAUCUCUAUGUGCAAAAUGAGAGAAAUGUAACAAGCCUAUAGGAUAUUACUGAACAUCUCCGUAAUAUUCUAUGUUAAUGACGUCUUCUUCCCUCCCUUCCUUUCAUGUUGGACAUUUGUUACUUGGUUUGGCUGCCUAGCAUCUGAACCCCUUUCUGUAUUCAGGGAAUUCCCUACUUUAUGAGCCUUCAUGAGGGGCAGAACUACCUCUACUCUGUAGUGAAAAUGCUACAUACUGACCUUCCCAGCCUCCCCUGCAGCUAGAGCCAGGUAUGUGGCCCUGUGCCAGACUUUGACUCAAGACUAGUGACACAAGAAGGAAGGAACUGGGGAGCUCUUUUUCUUGUGGUGGAAAUGGUAAUCAAACCCACAAAACUUAGUUCCUGGUACAGAAGUGGCAACAACGCAAAUUGUAGCAAGUUGUCCUCAGUAGCAGCAAGAGUAGCAGUUUCCUCAUCAGCCCAGUGCUGUGGUGUCAUUCCUGGAAGUUUAGUCUUGAGCCUGAUUCUCCAACUUUCAUAAUGAUUUUGAGACCUUCUGAGCCUUUUAGCACACUCCUUUUCUGCUUCAUAGAUCAAAGUCCGCUUCUGUUGUCUGCCAUUCAGAACACCUGCUUAUGCCAAGCCAGUUGCUGGACUAGACUCUUUCAUGUGCAUUAUUAAUUUUUGUUCCAACAACCCUGAAGUAGGAACUAUUAUUAACCCUGUUUUACCGAUGAGGAAACAGGGUCAGAGUUGUUCCUUGCUUAAAGGUGACAUGGCUAAUAAGGACCUGAGCUGGGACUUGGAGCCAUCUAAGCCGGCCUUGGGGCUCUCACACUUAUCUGUUUGGCUGGUCUACCCCUCAAUCUGGCUAAUAGGUCCAAGCAGAAUGACUGUGAAAAUCUCUAAUGAGAGCCAAGUCAAGAAUUGGCUGGAACAAAUGAAGUAGUGGGAAAUGGGCUCUUGAAGAGGAGACAUUCAAGUGGACACUUAUGGUCUGAGCCUGGCUGCCAAAUUCAUCCUAUGCUCCAUCUCACGUUCCCAUAUGCUUGGCAGGUCUAAGGCCAUGGGGUGCCUGGGCCUGACACGGAGCUGGAGGCUGCUGCAGGCUUAGUGAGCAGAGCUUUCAAGCCACAUAUGGAGCUCCGUCUGUUCAAGAUUAGUGAUUUCUAAAGGUAAUUGUACUGGACGAAAUAUGAGCACAUAAGACCAUGUGAAUUUAGGCCACUCUUUACUUAUGGGAUGGAUCACGCUGUCUUAUUUCAGUGGAAAAGUGGUUUCAUUUUUACAUAACUGUGGUUUGUCACUAACAUCAUGGUUGCCAUAUUAACUUUUAGGUUUAGGGACAAAGGGAGAAUUUCUUUGAGGAUCAGUCUGUGUUGGUGAUUUUAUUACCUUUUCCUUGUCACUCAGGCCCACUCUCUUUCCCUUCCAUUUUUGCUCCCGGUCCCUGCCCCAGGAGUUAUGGGUGAUGAGGCUGGGAGACCAUAGGAAAAACACCAAUGACAUGACCUAUUGAAAAUCAAAGCUAGGUCAGGAAGAACUACUGUUAGCCUUUGAUAUAUGAUGAAGAACUCUGAAAGAAACACCCUGAUUUCCAUUGUAAUAAUACCUGUUAAUUGACAAAUGUGGAACAUGAGAAAGGAGAGGACAAAAAAAGAAAACAAAGUGGAGCUGUCAGAAACUUGAUAGGCUCGAAAGUACACAAUCAGAUAUGGGUUGUGAACACAUAUGCGUUUAUCUGUUGUAAGACUGUAAAAUCACAGAAGUUUUCACCAGAAUAGAAAAUAAAAAUGAAGAAAUACCCUGUUAUUGAAUUGAUCACACUAUGCCUAUGUUGAUGGAGCACAUUCUGAGUUUUAUAUGCAUUGUCUAUAAUCCUCACAAUAACCCAGCAUUUAGGAAUUAUUAACCUCACUUUACACACAAGGAAACAUUGGCUCAGAGAUUAAGCUACCUGUCCAAGGUCACCCAGCCGAUAUGAGGCAGAGCUGGGAACUGAAUUUGGUGGCAGCUUUUUCUAAAGCCCUUGCUCUUUCUAUGACCUCCAACAGUGAGAGAAGUGUGCUGGGCAGGCAGGUACUCUGGUCUUCUAGCAAACACUGACUGCAGAUAAGGCAGAAGCAUCCCAGGCUCUCACUGCACCUGAGGCAGAAGGGUCCCAAGCCCUGUCGCAACCCCCAAGUGACAGUGGGAAUACACCACUUCAUUUGGAUCCCUGACUGCAAACUGUAGUCCAAUUUUGAGAAUUCUUACUCUGCUCUCUACUUUUUAACUUUUCAGUGACAGUAGUUGUGAAAAGGCAACAAGUGGUGUGUGUAAUAUUCUACAAUUCCUACUACUUUGUACGUGUUGAAGAUUGUAACAAACACGAAUGUAAAUCAAAACCGUCAGAUGUCUCUGCUUUCAUUGGUCUGGACUCGCUAGCGAGGCUGCGGCAGCAUUGCACACAAGCCCACACCCCUCUCACGGCUGGCACAGAGCCCCCAUUGGGCGAUGGCAGGGCGAUCUGUGUGUUGAACGCCCUUCCCCAAGCUCCUGCCUCAGGAAUACCGCUCUUCUUUCAGAUUUCUGCCCAACAGGGGC